AUGUGGACAUCUGUAUCUAUCUAUCUAUCUAUCUAUCUAUCUAUCUAUCUAUCUAUCUAUCUCAGUCUGUUCAUAUCUAUCUAUCUAGCUAUCUAUCUAUAUCGCUCUGUUCCUAUCUAUCUAUCUAUCUAUCUAUCUAUCUAUCUAUCUAUCUAUCUAUCUCAAUCGUUUUCAUAUCUAUCUAUUCAUCUAUCUAUCUAUAUCUAUCUAUCUAUCUAUCUAUCUAUCUAUCUGUUCAUAUCUAUCUAUCUCAUCUAUCUGUUCAUCUAUCUAUCUUCUAUCUCAGUCUCUCUAUCUAUCUAUCUAUCUAUCUAUCUAAUCAUCUAUCUAUCUAUCUAUCUAUCUAUCUAUAGACGUCUCUGCUCGAAAGAGGAGGUGAAGGGAUCCCAUCAAUCUAUCUAUCUAUCUAUCUAUCUAUCUAUCUAUCUAUCUAUCUAUCUCAAUCUUUUCCUAUCUAUUUCUAGAGGAGUUCGGCAGAUUCUAUCUAUCUAUCUAUCUAUCUAUCUAUCUAUCUAUCUAUCUAUCUAUCUAUCUAUCUGUCUGUUCAUAUUCAUCUAUCUAUCAUCUAUCUAUCUAUCUCAGUCAGUUCAUAUCAUCUAUCUAUUCAUAUCUAUCUAUCUAUCUAUCUAUCUAUCUAUCUAUCUAUCUAUGUCUGUUCUAUCUAAUCUAUCUAUCUAUCUAUCUCAGUCUGUUCAUAUUCUAUCUAUCUUCUAUCUAUCUAUCUAUCUAGUCUGUUCUUAUCUAUCUAUCUCUGUCUGUUCAUAUCUAUCUAUCUCUGUCUGUUCAUAUUUAUCUAUCUAUCUAUGUCAGUCUGUUCAUAUCUAUCUAUCUAUCUAUCUAUCUAUCUAUCUAUCUAUCUAUCUAUCUAUCUAUGUCCAGUCUGUUCAUAUCUAUCUAUCUCAUCUAUCUAUCUAUCUAUCUAUCUAUCUAUCUAUCUCAGUCUGUUCAUAUAUCUAUCUCAGUCUCAUCUAUCUAUCUAUCUAUCUAUCUAUCUAUCAAUCUUUUUAUCUAUCUAUGUCUGUUCAUUAUCUAUCUAUCUAUCUAUCUAUCUAUCUAUCUAUGUCUAUUCAUAUCUAUCUAUCUAUCUAUCUAUCUAUCUAUCUAUCUAUCUAUUUGACAUAUCUAUAUCUUUUUAUCUAUCUAUGUCUGUUCAUUAUCUAUCUAUCUAUCUAUCUAUCUAUCUAUCUAUCUAUCUAUCUAUGUCUGUUCAUAUCUAUCUAUCUAUCUAUCUAUCUAUCUAUCUAUCUAUUUGACAUAUCUAUUAUAUUCAUAUCUAUGUAUCUAUAUUUAUCUGUUCCUAUCUAUCUAUCUAGCUAUCUAUCUAUGUCUGUUCAUCUAUCUAUCUAUCUAUCUAUUUAUCUAUCUAUCUAUGUAUCUAUAUAUCUAUGUCUGUUCAUUAUCUAUCUAUCUAUCUAUCUAUCUAUCUAUCUAUGUCUGUUCUCUAUCUAUCUAUCUAUCUAUCUAUCUAUCUAUCUAUCUAUUAUAUAUUUAACAUAUAUCUAUAUCUUUUUAUCUAUCUAUGUCUGUUCAUUAUCUAUCUAUCUAUCUAUCUAUCUAUCUAUCUAUCUAUCUAUCUAUGUUCUAUCUAUCUAUCUAUCUAUCUAUCUAUCUAUCUAUCUAUCUAUCUAUCUAUCUAUGUCUGUUAUUUUAUUAUCUAUCUAUCUAUCAUCUAUCUAUCUAUCUCUGUUCAUAUCUAUCUAUCUAUCUAUCUAUCUAUCUAUCUAUCUAUCUAUCUAUCUAUCUAUCUAUAUCUAUCUAUCUAUCUAUCUAUCUAUCUAUCUAUGUUUUUCAUUAUCUAUCUAUCUAUCUAUCUAUCUAUCUAUCUAUGUCUUUCAUCUAUCUAUCUAUCUAUCUAUCUAUCUGUUCAUUAUCUAUCUAUCUAUCUAUCUAUCUAUCUAUCUAUCUAUCUAUCUAUUCUAUCUAUCUAUCUAUCUAUCUAUCUAUCUAUCUAUCUAUCUAUCUAUGUCUGUUUAUAUCUAUCUAUAUCUAUCUAUCUAUCUAUCUAUCUAUCUAUCUAUCUAUGUCUGUUCAUAUCUAUCUACCUAUUUUAGACUGUUCCUAUCUAUCUAUCUGUUAUGUCACCAGAAUGUCGAUAGCAUUAAUAUAUUUUCUUUUUUUUUUUUCCUACACCUUUUUGAUAUCUAUCUAUUAGAUCUCUCUCUCUUUCUCUCUCUCUUUCUCUUUCUCUCUCUCUCUCUCUUACAUAUUCUGUUCAUUUUUCUCAUUUCUAAUAGCUACCUAUGUUCAAAUACAUGUUUGAUUAUAUCUAUCUUUUCCUGUUGGAUAUAUCUGUCUCUCUCUCUCUCUCCCUCUCUCUCUCUCUCUAGCUAUAUCUCUGUUGUAUAUCUCUCUCUCUAUCCCUAUUCUAUCUAUCUAUCUAUCUAUCUAUCUAUCUAUCUAUCUAUCUAUCUAUCUAUCUAUCUCACAGUCUGCAUUAUCUAUCUAUCUAUCUAUCUAUCUAUCUAUCUAUCUAUCUAUCUAUCUAUCUAUCUCACAGUCUGCAUUAUCAAAAUCUUUCUAUCUAUUCAUCUAUCUAUCUAUCUAUCUAUUUAUCUAUCUAUCUAUCUAUCAUCUAUCUCUCUCUAUCUCAAUAUCUAUCUAUGUAUGUAUCUAAAUCUAUCUUCUCUGCUGUAUGUUGUAUCAAUCAUAUCUCUAUGUCCGUUCGUUAUAUCUAUCUAUCUAUCUAUCUAUCUUUCAUAUAUCUAUCUAUCUAUCUAUCUAUCUAUCUAUCUAUCUAUCUAUCUAUCUAUCUAUUCUAUCUGUUGUUCUCUCUCUCUCUCUCUCUCUUUUGUCUGUAUGUAUCUAUGUAUCUAUGUAUCUUUAUUACCUUUGUUGUAUCUAGAUAAUCUAUCUAUCUAUCUAUCUAUCUAUCUAUCUAUCUAUCUAUCUAUCUAUGUUGUAGAGAGUUUCUUAAUAAAUGUUAAUUUGGAUCAUAUCUAUCUAUCUAUCUAUCUAUCUAUCUAUCUAUCUAUCUAUCUGAAUCUAUUUCUCUUUCUUUCUUUCUUUCUUUUCUCAGUCUGUUCAUUUCUAUCUAUCUAUCUUUUGUCAAAUCAAAUCUAUCUAUCUAUGUGA